GGUGGGUGUUGGGAGGAGGACGAGAGCAUGAAGCCUGCAGGAUGGGAGCGAACAAUGGCAAACAGUACGGCAGUGACGGUAAAGGCAGCUCAAGCAUCUCAUCCGACGUGAGUUCCAGUACAGAUCACACACCAACAAGAACACAAAAAAAUGCCGCGACCAGUGAAGAUUCCGACCUGAGCAUGCGCACCCUCAGCACGCCCAGCCCAGCCUUAAUAUGCCCGCCCAACUCAAAUAGUUUGCAGAAUGGCAGAGGAUCUUCCACAUCUUCCUCUUCCAUCACUGGGGAGACCAUUGCGAUGGUUCACUCGCCUCCUCCAACCCGCCUCACCCAUCCUCUCAUCCGGUCGGCCUCCCGGCUUCAGAAGGAACAGGCGAAUAUCAACCGGCUCACAGACCAUUCAAUGAUCCAGGUCUUCUCUUUUUUGCCCACCAACCAGCUGUGCCGUUGUGCCCGCGUGUGCCGCCGCUGGUAUAAUCUCGCUUGGGACCCGCGGCUUUGGAGGACUAUUCGCCUGAUGGGCGAAACAGUCAAUGUGGACCGGGCUCUGAAGGUGCUGACUCGGCGACUUUGCCAGGACACCCCGAACGUCUGUCUCAUGUUGGAGACAGUAAUUGUUAGUGGCUGCAGGCGGCUCACAGACAGAGGACUCUAUACCAUUGCUCAAUGCUGCCCAGAACUGAGACAGUUGGAGGUGUCAGGUUGCUACAAUAUUUCCAACGAGGCAGUGUUUGAUGUGGUGUCACUGUGUCCAAACCUGGAGCACUUGGAUGUAUCAGGUUGCUCCAAAGUGACUUGCAUCAGUUUAACCCGUGAAGCUUCCAUCAAAUUGUCUCCGUUACACGGGAAACAGAUUUCUAUCCGCUACCUGGACAUGAGUGACUGCUUUGUCCUUGAGGAUGAAGGGCUGCACACCAUUGCCGCCCACUGCACUCAGUUGACGCACCUCUACCUGCGUCGCUGCAUCCGCAUCACCGACGAAGGCCUCCGAUACCUGAUGAUUUACUGCACGACCAUCCGGGAGCUGAGCGUGAGCGACUGCCGAUUUGUCAGCGACUUCGGCCUGCGGGAGAUCGCCAAGCUGGAGUCCCGCUUGCGGUACCUCAGCAUCGCCCACUGCGCCCGCAUCACCGACGUGGGCAUCCGUUACAUCACCAAGUACUGCAGCAAGUUGCGCUACCUCAACGCGCGGGGCUGUGAGGGCAUCACGGACCAUGGAGCAGAGUACCUUGCCAAAAAUUGCACAAAACUCAAGUCGCUAGACAUUGGGAAAUGCCCGCUGGUCUCUGACGCCGGCUUGGAGUUUCUGGCUCUGAACUGCUUCAACUUGAAGCGGCUGAGCCUGAAGUCGUGCGAGAGCAUCACCGGGCAAGGCCUGCAGAUUGUCGCAGCCAACUGCUUUGACCUGCAGAUGCUGAAUGUGCAGGACUGCGAGAUCUCGGUGGAAGCUCUCCGGUUUGUCAAACGCCAUUGCAAGCGCUGCAUUAUAGAGCACACCAAUCCCGCCUUCUUCUGAAGGGACUCCUCACCCUCAUUGGUGAAAGCAAUGUGUUUGAAAUGUUUGUACGUACAUGCCCACGGACUGCCCAUCUAUGGCAACUCUGCCUUCUUUGUGCCAGAGCUAGGAAAC